AAAGAGCAAGUGAAUGAAGAACAUUUGUUGUCUAAAUUUAAUGUCUUUUGACAUUGAAUGAACACUCUCUAAAACUUGUCUAGAAAUUUGUAUGUCUGGGCCAGACAGUACAACAGUACAGACAGUGAGCUGUAUCUCAAAGUAACCGUGAGUUGGAAAAGGAGCUUAGAUUGGUUUCAGGGAAUUGCAGAGCUCUUUCACUGGCUCUAUAGUUGUUAUAUGGUAUUGAAGAUGUAGAAUACCCUGAUAAAGGCCUCAUUUCCAAAAUAUAUAGAGAACUGAUUCUAAUUUAUAAGAAAUCAAGCCAUUCUCCAGUUGAUAAAUGGUCAAAGGAUAUGAACAGACAAUUUUCAGAAUGAUGAAAUUGAAACUAUUUCCACUCAUAUGAAAGUGUUCCAAAUCAUUAUUGAUCAGAGAAAUGCAAAUUAAGACAACUCUGAGAUACUACUACACACCUGUCAGAUUGGCUAAGAUGACAGGAAAAAGUAAUGAUGAAUGUUGGAGGGGAUGCGGGAAAACUGGGACACUCAUGCAUUGUUGGUGGAGUUGUGAACGAAUCCAACCGUUCUGGAGUACAAUCUGGAAUUAUGCCCAAAAAGUUAUCAAACUGUGCAUACCUUUGAUCCAGCAGUGUUACUGUUAGGCUUAUACCCCAAAGAGAUACUAAAGAAGGGAAAGGGACCUGUAUGUUCCAAAAUGUUUGUGGCAGCCCUUUUUGUAGUGGCUAGAAACUGGAAAUUGAAUGGAUGCCCAUCAAUUAGAGAAUGGCUGGGUAAAUUGUGGUAUAUGAAUGUUAUGGAAUAUUAUUGUUCUGUAAGAAAUGACCAUCAGGAUGAAUACAGAGAGGCUUGGAGAGACUUACAUGAACUGAUGCUAAGUGAAAUGAGCAGAACCAGGAGAUCAUUAUACACUUCGACAACGAUAUUGUAUGAGGAUGUAUUCUGAUGGAAGUGGACUUCUUUGACAAAGAGACCUGCGUUUCAAUUGAUAAAUGAUGGACAGAAGCAGUUAUACCCAAAGAAAAAACACUGGGAAACGAAUGUGAAAUAUUUGCAUCUUUGUUUUUUUCCCCAGGUUAUUUUUACCUUCUGAAUCCAAUUCUCCCUGUGCAUCAAGACAACUGUUUGGUUCUGCAAACAUAUAUUGUAUUUAGGAUAUACUGCAACAUAUCUAACAUAUAUAGGACUGCUUGCCAUCUAGGGGAGGUGGUGGAGGGAGGGAAGGGAAAAAUCGGAACAGAAACGAGUGCAAGGGAUAAUGUUGUAAAAAAAAUUAUCCUGGCAUGGAUUCUGUCAAUAUAAAGUUAUUAUUAAAUAAAUUUUUAAAAAAGAAAAAAAAAAAAAGAAAUGAUGACCAGGAUGAAUACAGAGAGGCUUGGAGAGACUUACAUGAACUGAUGCUAAGUGAAAUGAGCAGAACCAGGAGAUCAUUGUAUACUUCAACAACGAUACUGUAUGAGGAUGUAUUCUGCUGGAAGUGGAUUUCUUCGACAAAGAGAUCUAACUCAGUUUCAGUUGAUAAAUGAUGGACAGAAGCAGCUAUACCCAAAGAAAGAACACUGGGAAAUGAAUCUGACUUCCCUAGAGUCCAGCAAGAUGGCACAAUGGAAUCAGCUGCAGCAGCUUGACACACGGUACUUGGAGCAGCUUCACCAGUUGUACAGUGACAGCUUUCCCAUGGAACUUCGGCAAUUCCUGGCUCCCUGGAUAGAGAGCCAGGAUUGGGCAUAUGCUGCCAGUAAAGAAUCACACGCCACCUUGGUCUUCCACAACCUCUUGGGUGAGAUUGAUCAGCAGUACAGUCGCUUCCUUCAGGAAUCAAACGUGCUUUAUCAGCACAACCUGCGAAGAAUCAAGCAGUUCCUGCAGAGCAGAUAUCUUGAAAAGCCAAUGGAAAUUGCCAGGAUUGUGGCUCGGUGCUUGUGGGAGGAGUCUCGACUCCUUCAGACAGCAGCCACAGCUGCCCAGCAAGGAGGGCAAGCCAACCACCCCACAGCUGCUGUGGUGACAGAAAAACAACAGAUGCUAGAACAACACUUGCAGGAUGUGAGGAAACGAGUACAGGAUCUGGAACAGAAGAUGAAAGUGGUGGAGAAUCUCCAGGAUGACUUUGAUUUCAACUACAAGACCCUGAAAAGUCAAGGAGACAUGCAAGAUCUAAAUGGAAACAACCAAUCAGUGACUAGGCAAAAGAUGCAGCAACUGGAACAGAUGCUGACUGCCCUUGACCAGAUGCGAAGGGGAAUUGUGAGUGAAUUAGCAGGCCUUCUUUCAGCCAUGGAGUAUGUGCAGAAGACUCUUACAGAUGAAGAACUGGCUGACUGGAAGAGGAGACAACAAAUUGCUUGUAUUGGAGGCCCUCCCAACAUCUGCCUGGAUCGCCUAGAAAACUGGAUAACUUCCUUAGCUGAAUCUCAGCUCCAGACCCGUCAGCAGAUAAAGAAACUGGAGGAAUUACAGCAGAAAGUCUCCUACAAAGGUGACCCUAUCGUCCAACACCGACCUAUGCUGGAAGAGAGAAUUGUGGAGCUUUUUAGAAAUUUAAUGAAAAGUGCCUUUGUUGUAGAGCGGCAGCCCUGCAUGCCUAUGCACCCUGAUCGGCCCUUGGUCAUCAAGACAGGUGUUCAAUUCACUACCAAAGUCAGGUUAUUGGUCAAAUUUCCUGAAUUAAACUAUCAACUUAAAAUUAAAGUGUGCAUUGACAAAGACUCUGGUGAUGUUGCGGCAUUAAGAGGGUCCCGGAAAUUCAACAUUCUGGGAACAAACACGAAAGUGAUGAACAUGGAGGAGUCCAACAACGGCAGUCUCUCUGCAGAGUUCAAACACUUGACCCUGAGGGAGCAGAGAUGCGGCAAUGGUGGUCGGGCCAACUGUGAUGCCUCUCUGAUAGUGACUGAAGAACUUCAUCUCAUCACCUUUGAGACAGAAGUUUAUCAUCAAGGCCUAAAGAUUGACUUGGAGACACAUUCUUUACCAGUGGUGGUGAUCUCUAAUAUUUGUCAGAUGCCAAAUGCCUGGGCUUCAAUCCUUUGGUAUAAUCUGUUGACCAAUAACCCCAAGAAUGUUAACUUCUUCACCAAGCCUCCUAUUGGAACAUGGGAUCAAGUUGCUGAGGUGCUAAGCUGGCAGUUUUCCUCCACCACGAAGAGGGGCUUGAGCAUUGAGCAGUUGACCACACUAGCAGAGAAGCUUUUAGGACCUGGGGUGAAUUAUUCAGGAUGCCAGAUCACAUGGGCCAAAUUUUGCAAAGAAAACAUGGCUGGCAAAGGUUUCUCCUUCUGGGUUUGGUUGGACAACAUUAUUGACCUUGUGAAGAAGUACAUUUUGGCACUGUGGAAUGAAGGGUACAUAAUGGGAUUCAUUAGCAAGGAACGAGAAAGAGCCAUCCUGAGCACGAAACCCCCUGGGACUUUUCUGCUGAGGUUCAGUGAGAGCAGCAAAGAGGGAGGCAUCACCUUCACCUGGGUGGAGAAGGAUAUCAGUGGCAAGACGCAGAUCCAGUCCGUAGAACCAUAUACAAAGCAGCAGCUAAACAAUAUGUCGUUUGCUGAAAUCAUCAUGGGCUAUAAAAUCAUGGAUGCCACCAACAUCCUGGUAUCUCCUCUGGUCUAUCUCUACCCUGACAUUCCUAAGGAAGAGGCAUUUGGAAAGUAUUGCCGGCCAGAGAGUCAGGAGCAUCCAGAAGCUGACCCAGGUGCUGCUCCAUACCUGAAGACCAAGUUUAUCUGUGUGACCCCAACGACCUGCAGCAAUACCAUUGACCUGCCGAUGUCCCCCCGCACUUUAGAUUCAUUGAUGCAGUUUGGAAAUAAUGGUGAAGGAGCUGAGCCCUCAACAGGAGGGGGACAGUUUGAGACCCUCACGUUUGACAUGGAAUUGACUUCUGAAUGUGCUUCAUCUCCCAUGUGAUGGGCUAAGUAUGGAAGCUACAGAAUGAUGUAACUGAGACACCUAAACUCCACCCCACCCCUUCCACAAAAACUCCCAAACCCAACAACCAAACCCCAGAUCAACUGAAACUUGUAUCUUUGUGACGCCAGAUGAUUUUCUUGGAUCUCCUGCUUCUCAUUUAUCCUUAAGUAAUUAGGGUACCUUUCUCCUAGAGAAAUGAAUGCUUCUAGGUUAUAUGCUAUUGACCAAACGGAAGUCAAAAUGGUUCAUCCUUUGAAACUGUGAUUGUUUAGGAGUGUGGGGGUAAGAGAGGUAGGAGGGAGAAGAAAGAAAUGUUCUUUGGUUCUUCCCCACAGCAUUCUUCCUCAGUAAUUAUUUGGGGAUUUGUGUGUGUGUUCUGGAUUUUUCUGUUUGGUUUUUUGUUUUGCUUGACAAGUGCCUACUGGUGCCAGCUGCAUCCAGUGCCUGUUCUGUAAAUUAAUGUUCCAGGCUGCAUCUGACUGAAUGCUGCCAGCACCUGCUGCACCUAUUAUCUUGCUAACAUCCAAAUAGAAGCAAGGAUUUUUUAAUCCUGAGUUUCUUUUUAAACUUGGAAAAGUUAAAAUCAAAAAAGAAAAGAAACCCCAUUCUCUCCUAUAUCAGAGCUUUUAAAAAAUGUAUUUAAGAUUCCUCAGAGACUUCUUCCAGGUAAUCAGCAAUCCCAGAUGACAAUCUUUCCUUAGACUCCUGGAAUGACUUUAUCAAAUUUAUUCAUCCAUUCAUCCAUCCAAUAAACAUGCUCAAGGUAUUGGGACACAAAGAUAAAAUCUGACAUGAUCCCUGCCCUCAAGGAGCUUAUUAUUGAUUGCCUCAAAUGGUAGCUGAAGCUCUGAAACUAUCCCUUGGCCUUUAAAACAGACAUGCAUAGGAAGAACCUAAAAUGAGAUAUCUAUAAAUAAAUAUUGAAAGUUUCUUUGGUAAACCUUUUUAUUCCCUUUGCUAGCUUCUUAGCCCCAAAGCCUUUGUUUCUGGUUCUGAGCUUGGUUGUUAGGGUGCCUUAUUUGGGUCAGAGGGAGUCUUCCCUCCACGGGCCCAUAUGACCCUUCUCAUCCCUUCUGGUUUCUCAGUGUCCAAGUCCCAUUACUUUAGGGAUCCUACUUCUGAGACAGACCCAUAAUAGUACUGUGGUGUUGGGCCUCGAGCCUCACAAAGUGCCCUCCUGGUCUCAGAGGACCCGGCUCUCUCAGGUCCUCAAAGUUUUCAGUCCUUAUUUCAUCUUUAACAUAAGUCCCAGUGCAAAAGAAUUCUAAGAAGCUUUUCUGCCAAGAGCUUAUGCUUGGGCUGGGCCUGUCCCUUGGCUUUCUCCAAGUGCUGGGGGGGGGGGGGGUCCCACUUUGGGAGAGAGCAGGAUGAUACUUCCCCCCUCCCCGUCCUUGAAUUGUCCUCAGGCCUCUUCUGGUGCUUCCCUUUUUGCCUUCCUAGUAUUAGCCAGCCAAAUGAUAGAGCACCUUUGUAGUAUUGUUCCAUGGGCUUUCCUAAAGACGAUUUAAGUCCAUUCUUCUCCAGAGCUAACACUUGGGAUGGGAGGACCUGGAAGAAGACUUGUUCGCUGCUCUCCAUCCAUCCCCACAGCAGUCUUUGAGCUGAAUGGGGAGAAUGAUCUCCCCAAGGGCACUCUAGAUGUCCCCUUGGGGUGGUUCAUCUUCGCGAUGGGAUGGAGUUGGCACUCAGUGCAGGCCCUUUGGGGCACCUCUGCUGGGCAGGCUGGAAAACUGAGAGCUGCACUCCAGAGAACUCACUGUUGCUGUCUUGCCAGGUGGGGCUAGAGCAGAGGUUGUUGACACGGUGCCCUGGGGAGGGGGCAUUUAGAAUUGGUGAUUUUAGGUGGCAUGUGUUUUUCUGUUUCUAAUUUUUGUGAUGACAAAAGCAGUGAAAGGAAUUGAAACUUGAUUUACCUUUUCCUCCAUUUAAUUCUUUCCCUUCCACAACAGUGUCUUGGGUAAGUCUGCUGCCUAAACCCUUUCAGACUCCCCUUCUCCUUCCUCAUGCCUCCAAAGGGCAUGUUACCUGUUACCAACUUGUACAUUGGUUCUAUUUGUAAAACAACUUAUGAGCUGCUGUCCUACUCCUUGCAUUCUGACUCCAAUGUAUACUUCAUACUGUAAAAAAAAAAAAAGUUGGUUUUUGUAUAUUUUAUUGCUGUAUCUAUCUGCUUUUAACUUCUAGAAAUAAACAUUUUAAAGCAA